ACCUCAGUCUCUCCUGGUCCUCUCUCACGCACAGACCUCAGUCUCUCCUGGUCCUCUCUCACGCACAGACCUCAGUCUCUCCUGGUCCUCUCUCACGCACAGACCUGUCUCUCCGCGCGGACCUGAUGGAGCUGUACCUGGACCUGUGCUCUCAGCCUUGUCGGUCCGUUUUCCUCGUGGCCAAAGCUCUGAACAUCCCGUUUGAUUUCAAACAUGUGGAUUUAUCCGCAGGACAGAACUACAGCGAAGAGUUUGGGAAAAUCAACAUCAUGAGAAAAGUCCCUGUGAUGAAAGACGCAGACUUCAUCCUCACAGAAAGCACUGCCAUCCUGGACUACAUGGUGCAAAAACACAGAGGUCCGACUCACUGGUUUCCCUCCGAGCUGCAGCCCAGAGCUCGAGUCAACGAGUAUCUGUCCUGGCAACACACCAACCUCCGCACCACCGGCUCCAAGGUCUUUCUGCUCAAGGUGGUGUUUCCGAUGAUGAUGGGCUGUGACGCGCCCAAGGAGAAGAUGGACGCCGCGAUGGACGGACUGAACGAGUCUCUGUCUCUGCUCGAAAACUACUUCCUCCAGGACAAACCCUUCAUCAUCGGGAACCAGAUCUCUGUGGCCGACGUCGUGGCGAUAGCAGAGGUCAUGCAGCCUGUAGGGAGCGGCGUGGACGUGUUUGUGGGACGUCCCAAGCUGUGCGUCUGGAGAGACCGUGUCAAAGCUCAGCUCGGGGAGGAGCUGUUUAAAGAAGCACAUGAAGUCAUAAUGAAGAUCAGCGACCUGACUCAGAACAUCGACAAAACGGCUCUGGAGAUGAUGAAGCCAAAGUUUCAGAAGAUGUUUAGUUAAAGAUGAACCAAAGUAAAAAGACGAGAGUAAAACAGUAAAGACGAGAGCGAAGAGUAAAGUGACAACCAAAGUGUAACAUACCUCAAGUCUGGAGAAGACUCUUUUCUUUUAAAUAAACAUCUUUUCUUAAAUU